GCUGAGAAGAAGACCGUUUAAACGACCUCGUAAUCGAAGCUGUUCAGUUUGUUUCUUGUCGCAGACAUAACGAUGUUUUCAAAGAGUGUAGUCGUGUGCAGUCUUCUGGCGUUUGCCGCGUUGGCUGCGGCAACCGACGUAUUGCAAUGCCCCGGUAAAAAUAUACCGAAUUUGAAAGAAAAUGUUCAAUUGACGCCCUGCAAAAAAGCACCUUGCAAGUUAAAAAAAGGAACUAAUCAACAUAUCAACAUUAAUUUCACACCAGAGACCGACCUGGAUGUAAUAACAAACCAUGUAGUGGCGGAUGUUUUCGGAGUUGAAUUGCCAUUUGUGGGAGUCGACGGCAAUCCCGUGUGCGACAAGCUUCAGACGGCCGAUGGACAACCAGCUUCAUGUCCACUCAAAGCGGGAACAACAUACACAUAUAAAGACUCCUUCCCCAUACUCAAUUUCUAUCCCUCAAUAGAAGUCAAAGUACACUGGGAAUUACAAGCGAACAAAAAAGGAUUUAUUUGCUUCGAAAUGCCCGUAAAAAUAGUAUAGAUUUUUAGAAUUUGUUUAAAAUCGAGAUGGUGUUAUAGGUAUUUAUUUUUACUCUUCAAGAUUUAUCAGCUACGCGCUGUAUAAUGUGUGAUAUUAAGUCUUAAUCAUAUUAACCGGCGAUUGAUUAUAACGUGGAUAGAUAUACCUACAUGAGUUCUUAGCAUGAGUUGAUGUCAAGAUGUAGUUAAAAGCUCGCGUGUAUUAGAUACAAAGAUUACAAUGUUUCUAUUGUAGAUCGAUUAAAUGAAGGAAAUCUAUACCGCUGACACAGAUACACCGACACGUGAUAGUAAUUUCCUACAAUUUAAACUAUAUUAUCUCUUCGCCUGAUAAAUUAGUCCUCAGAUGUUCUUUGUAUGAAUAAUGGUGUCUGCACAAUGACUUUAUAUGUGUCCUUUAUGGUUUUAUACAAUAAUUUUAACAUUAUUAAUUUUAUAUUCAAUACAUUUUUUACGAUUUUCAUUUUUCUCAAUGCGUUACAUUUUUAACUGAUGGUUAAGUGAUUUACUUUUGAAGCAUUACGCGUAAGCAUUUUUUUACUUUGUCAAUGAUGAAACAGAAAUUAUAUUGGUACCUUCAUGUCGCGUGCAUGAGUGCAGUUUAUUAUGGUUAUAAUUUUAGUACUUACGUAAGUAUAUAUUUUAAUGGAUAAAGAAUUAAAAUAUA